AUGUUGGGGAACGAUACAGGUCAACAGAAUGGGAGCAAUGACACUAGUGCUUCAGAUAUGCAAGCAAAGACUGGCUCAAGUACAGACUCAGCACAUGCACAAUUUUAUGGAUCCACUACUGAAGAUAGCAACAAGUCGCACGUGGAUAUCAAUAUCGAAACUAGUGAAUCACCCGACGAUGUGGAUCUGUCUAAACCGCAAACGUACCCUAUAACACCACAGGAACUACAUGCGAACACUAAUGAACACAGCUUAUUGUUACCAUUGGACCGAAGUCACCUGGGUGGCCUGUAUGAUAACGAUGACGAUGAUGACGAUAGAAUGAGCAAGAUUAUCAAAUUAGCCAAACGUCCAGGUUUCAUUUGGAUAUUCAGUCUAGGCGUUUUAGCUUUAAUCAUAUUCCAGUUGACUUUUCUUCCAAGGACUUCAUUGUCAAGAGAUUAUAGACGGUGGCACGGAAUACAUUUGACGAAAUCUGACGUCAAGCGGUAUUUUCUACAAUAUACCGGAAUCGGCAACAGCCAUCAAGACUUAACCACGGAAGAGUAUAUCGACAAUUGGUUAUACGAUUUUACCAUUAUAAAUAACAAAGCAAAGUACAAUCUAUUGUCCAGUGAUAAUCCCGAAUUGAGUCACUACGUUGAAUCAAAUUUUAAGGAAUUUGGGUUCAUCACAGAAAAAUAUACUUACGCGGUUGAUGCACAGGAGCCACGCUUGUCUGUAAUCAAAUUACGCGACAACGAAGAUGAAGUUGUAUAUGAAUCGGAAGUCUUGGAGCCGAAAUUUAAGACACCAGGGUUUUUUAGCUAUGGUGUGAAUGGGAAUGUAACUGCUGAGUUUGUGUUUGUUAACUACGGUACUCCAGAGGACUAUGAGUUAUUGCUGAGUAAUAGAAUUGAUUUGAAGGGUAAAAUUUUCAUAAUCAAAAAUUAUCUUGAAGUGCGGAACAUCACAAUCGGUGAAAAGAUUGCGUUAGCCGAGCAUUAUGGAGCUGUGGGUGCUCUAACAUUUUUCGAUUUAGAUACAUUGGGCAAUGAGGAGACCAAAUCAUCUGAUAUGAAUGUAGCAAUCUCACGCGAUUGCAAUAGCGAGGAGGCAAAGAUCCCAGUGAUUCCAAUAAGCAAGAAAUUGUUGCUUCCAGUGCUUGAUACACACUUGAACAAUGCUUAUGAGUCAACUUUUGAAAAAUGGGAAUACACACCAUAUCACCAAUCCAAAUUCAAAUUGGAGAUUGAUAGCGUGUUUGAAAAGGGUAAACUGACAAAAUUGACAAAUAUUGUGGGUACGUUGAAGGGUAUAAUGAACGAUGCUGACGUUAUAAUUGGGGCUCGACGUGAUUCAUUCACAUCAAACAAUCCUUUAUCGGGUCAUGCAGUCCUUUUUGAAAUCAUGAGAAAUUAUCAGCGUUUGAUUGAAAAAGGGUGGAAACCAUUGAGAAAUAUCAAAUUUGUAUCGUGGGAUGGCUCCUACAUGGAUUCGUUGGGGGUGAAGCUAUUCACUAAUGACACCGAUGUGUUUAACCCCAAGAGAUCAAUUGUGUCUUAUAUCAAUCUUGACUCUGACACUGUUACUGGAAGCAAGUUUGAUGUCGACUCUAAUCCAUUGAUUAACCAUUUGUUGAAGAAAACAUCAAAAUACAUUCCUAUUCCCAAACAUGCAACAUUUUUAAAGACGCUGGGCACAAAUGUUGAUUGGGAGCUAUUUGAUGAUGACAUUUUUGAUGAUGCCAUUGACAUAGAAGAGGAUGAUGACGAUGACGAUGAUGACGACGACGGUGAAGAAUAUACUACUUUGCAUAAGUAUUGGAUGAAACAAGAUAAUGCUACUAUUAAUAAUAACUUGGGCUUGCCUUUGAUUGACUCGGAAGCAAGAAUUUUCCAGCAACAUUUAUCUACUCCCAUUAUAAACUUGAAAUUUAGUAAUGAUGGGAAAAGAGAUAGUGCCAAGUACAUUCCCAACUCAAACUAUUACUCACGCGACUGGUUGAUUAAAAAGGACAUUGAUAAAGACUUGUUGUUACAUGGGUCUUUAAUCAGAUUUGUGGGGCUCUUGGCAAUAAAUUUGAGCGAACAUGAGGUUGUUGACUAUAAAACCUAUAAAUAUCUCAAACUAAUUCAAUCAUUUUAUCUCCGUUUAUUGGAGAUUGAAAAGGAAAAGUUAUCACAAUGGAAAGACAGAGUUGUCUCAAACUAUCUCAUCUACAAGAAUUCCAUUUUCCAGGAUCUCGAUACCGAUGAAGAAGUUCAUUUUCAUCAAAUUAUGAACCAAUUUACUUUGUUAAUGAAUGAAAUUGUGGCUCUGGCAAAGAGCUUUGAUGAGUAUAAUGAACGAGUUGAAGAAGGGUUAAGUCAAGAUUACCCUUGGUAUAUGUAUUACAAAAAGUUGCAACAUUUUGCUCAGUUCAAAGUCACCAAUUACAAGUUAUCGCACUUGGAAAGAGAUUUGAAGUUGACGGAUCAAGAUCACACAUACUUGGAGAGUAAAGAUCCACAAAAGAAUAUCAAUGCAGACUCAUCCCUGGCAUCUCCAGGUUACGAAUCGAUAUCCUCUCGUGGAAUUAAAGGAAUUUUGGACAGUUUCAAAAAUAACAAGUUUUACUACAAUUCAGUGAUUUAUGGUGUACCAAAAUUUAAUGUCCAUCGUAACAAGACCUGGUAUGAUGAACGUUUGACAAAGGGCGCUCUCGCAUAUUUGUAUGCCGCGAUUGAUGAUGAUGAUUACGAAUCCACUGUAAAGUGGUUCGUUUUGAUUUAUGAGAAGUUGACAAACAUAAACUAUAAAAUGACUUAG